GGCAACUUUUGUGUUAUGAAUGGACGCCAUUAUUUCAAUUUUUUUCAGUUUACUGUCCUUGUGUGUUUACUGUUUCAAUGUGAAAAAGAGACGAUUGUGUAGUUCUGAUUUGCAUUUUUUCUACUGUGACGUUAAUAUUGGUAUAUGAGUAAAGUUUAAAAUAGUAAAUUACAGUACCUAAGCUUUACACAGAUUAUGUGUUUAAAUUUUGAAUUUUUUGAUGAAUUGAAAGUUUGACAGCGAUGUCAGGGGGACAACUAGUGGUGUUGGACCGCGCCGGGCGCGAUGUGAAGCGGUUCCCUCUGUUGGAGGGGCUAGCCACGCUGGGCAGCGACCCUGCUUGCGACAUCCGCAUCAUGCUGCCCACUGUCAGCCCGCACCAUGCUACUGUAGUGGUCCAUGCUAACCAGACGGUGAUCCGCAACGUGUGCGGCGAGCCCACGCUGGUCAACGACGAGCCCGUGUCCGUGGCCGCGCUGCGCCACCGCGACGUCGUCGCCAUCGGCGGCCGCCAGCUGCGCUGGGACUACGCCCGGCCUGCGCGGAGACACCCGCAACCUGGUAACGCUGGCGGUAAACAAGUAGCUAUAGUGCAGCCUCAGAGAAGAGAUACGAGUGAUCAAAUUGACAACAACCCGUCGCGGUCGCCGCUGCCAAGUAACAAGCGUCCCAGAUCUUCUAAAAGUGAUACAGACACAUCACUCAACGAUACAGAGGCCGACAAGGCUGUACGCAAGUCUAGUGCACGAGCCAGUCUCAAAAGUCCAGUGUCCAAUUUGCAGAAUACUACAAAGGCAACGCUGUGGAUCGAAUCCCGCAAGCCUAGCGCCAGAAAGACUACUCCUAAGCAGGCCAGUCCCAGGCAGGUUACACCUAGGCAGGCAGCACUGAGGCAGUCGACCCUUAGACAAGCUACUCCCAGACAGGCGACCCCUAGGCAGACGACCUCCAGACAGGCAUCUCCUAGGCAAGUGACCUCCAGACAGGCAACACCUAGGCAGACGACCCCCAAACAAGUGACCCCCAGAAAAGCGGGCAAGGUGGCGAGCACUGGCAAGAAGAGUACUCCACUGCGCCUCACCGUACUGCGCCGGGCACAGAGCGCCCACAAGCACUCCGUGGACAAAAUCGAAGGACCGCGUGUCGUGGACGCCACGAAGCAGGCCGCGCUGCGCCUCAUGACGCGCCACUCCGCGCUGCCCUCGCCCGCCGCGCUGCCCUCGCCCGCCGCUACCAUUAUAGAAUUAACAGAUUCAGAAGGAAGAAAUUCAUCACUGCGGGCAAGUAACGUAUCCCGGCGAUCGGGUAAGAGUCCCAAGAAGUCACCUGCCGCCGUCAGCCCGAGGAAAUCCGCACUUAAAGAUCCUUCAGCGAAACGAGGAACACGAAAAACCGAAUCGAUAAAGUUCGACCUGAGUAACUUGGAGAACCAUUCUGAGGACACUCAGGACGUCAUGAUGGUCAGCGACCUCAGCUCCCAGUCAGCUCACAGCGCCUCUUCCUCCCUUGCACUGCACUACUCCCCCGCGUCCCCCAGGUCCCCCUCGUCCCCCGCCGCCCGGCCCGCGUCGCGCGGGGCCCGCCUGGUGCAGCGCGCCCUGCAACCCCACAGCCCGCGCUCGCCGCGCCCCGGCCUCGAGUCCUACUCCAUCGUUGACUUAGUCUCCAUUGAUUCUAACGAGUCUGCCCGAACCUCUUCAGUGUAUGGCUCCCCGGCAUCUACUGACGUGACGACUUUUGAGACUCCACAAAAUAGUACAGGCAGGAGAACGAGAUCGACUAUAGACCCGACGCUGCUCGGCUCCAGCACCCCUUACGUGAAAGGCAGGCCAUCCACCGCCAAGUCUCGCUCGAUGGUGAGUGUCGAUAUAUCGAGCCGACCUUCCAUGACUACACAGUCGACUCUUAGGAGUUCAAGAUCAAGACGAUCCAAGUCGUUGUCGACCCCGGAGAACUCGGAGGAAGCUAAGAAACACAUCUCCGUGAACAGCACGCGCAUAUCCCGCGCCGCGCGUGGCAAGUCUCGCCUGCAGGACACCGCCGACACCGCGCUCAGUACCGCCAGCCCCGCCAGCCGCGCCAGCCCCGCCAGCCCCGCCAGCCCCGCCAGCCCCGCCACUACCCUCCAUGCAGACAGUACAGUGUCCCCGCGCACGUCGCGCGCCUCGCGCUCCGUCCGCAGCCCCGCGCUCGACGGAGGACUGUCCACUCCGGAGAAUGUACACAGCCCCGAAGAAGCCAGCACGCCAGUUCUUAGUAUACAGAGCCUAUUGGAUUCCAGCACUUCUUUCAUUGCACAUAAACCUACGAGAAAAAGUAGACCUUCAUUCAAUACUAAAAGAAAAACUAUUGGAGGAGUUCCAUCCAGAAGUAGAACUAGAACCGAUGCCAUAUUUAAGUCUUUGAGUUUUAAUACAGGAAAAGCUAGACUGAGUGAUGAUUCCGUGGAGAUAUUGAACAACAGGGAUGAAAGUGAAAUAGUGACGCCGAAGAGUGCCGUUAAGUUAGUACAAGAAGCCGUAAAGAACAAACACUCGACAGCCAAAAAGCCACAGUCUAAGCGUUCGAUAAUAGACGAUUUGAACGAGUCCGAUAUUGUGAAGCAACUGUUCAACAGUCCCGUGAAACGGAAGCUAUCGCAGAGCAUGACGGAGUUCUCCAGGAAACAGUUGUUUGAGGAGGACGAGUCGUCCCAGGCCCGGCGGCCCGCGCGGAACACCGUGGCGCUCACUGGGCGCACGCCCGACCACUCUCUGCUCGACCACACCGACUCCUACACGCCAGAAAUAUUCGUCAGCCCCAUCAGCACUCCCACUCGAAGUCCUAGUUUAGAGGGCAUCAAACUUAUGUUCGCCAAAACUACUCCCGAAAACGAUUUACGAAAUGUGAAAGGAGUGAAGGCUCUACUGCGCACACCUCGCACCAGGAGAUCUAUCAAGAAUGACCUGAGAAAUGUAUCGGGUGUUAAGAACGUAUUUGCCAAGAGUCCUAAAAACCGACUCAGUGAUGUCAGAGUCAAAGAAGUAUUUGCAUCUUCGCCUAAAAACGAUUUGCGUCGCGUGACCGGCGUGAAAUCCCUGUUCCAAACUACUGAGAAACGAAGGUCGCCUAGAAACGAGUUAGACGAUGUGGUAGGCGUGAAACGGUUAUUUAAAAAGACUAGCCCGGCGAAUGAUCUCCGGAACGUGUCUGGAGUUCGCAGAGCUCUCCGUAGAAAUAGUCCGAGGAAUGAGCUCGAGAACCUGCAUGGCGUGAAGCGAAUGUUUGCGAGAGACGCGAGAGACGACUUGAACGACGUCAGUGGGGUUGAAGAGUUAUUUAAUUUGUCAAACUUAUCUGUGUCCACCAGAGCCGAGAGUUUGUUUGAUCAGUUAGUAGGAAAGCCUCAGAUGAAGGCGGUGUAUUCUAAAACAUUUUCUAAGAAAACCCCUGUCAAGACAAAUACUUACAAAUCCAAGUCAUUGCACGCUUCCCUGGAGCAAGUACCCAGUACUGACGACUGGCUACAACAAGAGCUCAAUAAACGACAGCAGGUUAACACCUAUCUCCAGUCUCUAAACAACUCCGUUAAUAGAUCUAAGACAAGAAAAUCAAAGUCGAUACACACGUCUUUAGACCAAGUCACAAAUGUCGAUGUGUUGCUAGAUCAAGAGUUGAACAAGGAGCAACAGAUCAAUAAUUAUUUGGAAUCCAUUAGAUCGGUUGAUAACUCUCAGGUCAAUAAAUCUAAAAGGAAUCAGUCCGCAGCCUCCGACAAGGCUUAUGCGGCGAUGGCGAAUGUGACCCGGGAGCUACAGAAGUUGGUGACAGAAACUGUCGAGGGACACACGCCGACGUGCUCGUCGCGGACGAGGAACGGCAGCCUCGCGGCCGGCGACAGCUCGCAGCGCAAGAAGUCGGCGUCGCAGCUCUACAGUGCGCACAAACUGCCCAUCAAGAAGAGGUCGCUCGUGGACGUGGCGGGGGCGGGGCCGGCGCCGGGGCCCGCGGCCGCGCUGUCCCUGCCGCUGAAGAAGCGCGGCGUGCAGCACUCCACGCCGCUGAAGGGCCGCGCGCCCACGGCGCCGCGCGCGCCGCACUCGCCCAUCGCGCGCGCCGCGCCCGCCGCGCCCGCCGCGCGCGCCCACCUGCCCGCCUCUCCACACCGACACAGGUCUACCAAGUCAAAAGAAACGGCAGAAGUGUCAUCAAAUAAUGUAAAAGAAACAAAAGCUCAACGCGAUACUGAAACAGUCAGGGAAAAUGUUAAACCAUCACCAAGGAAGACUCGUGGUAGAGGGAAAGCAGCCUCUUCUAAAGCUAAACCUAAGGCAAGUCCCGCUAGAAAGAAAGCAGCCACUACAGUUGACAAACCUCGUCCUGGUUCGGCCAAAGAGAAUUCACCUACAGUUAGUCCUAUAAGAAAAACUAGACAAACUAGAGCCAAACAAGCCAGUCCAGUCAAAACAUUACUCUCUCCUGAGCCAACGACACGUUCGCGUAAAAAAGAUGUUUCGACCAAAGAGACUAACACAAAGCCACGUGCUCCGAGGUUAACUGUUGCAAAAAAAUCAUUAAUUAAAAGCCCACCGGCGAGCAAGAGGGCGUCGAGAAAACGAAAAGAACCAGAAUCUUCCUCAACACCUAAGCCUAGUCCUAAGAAAACUCGAGCUGCCCGCAACAACGCUUCUAUUAAAGAUGUUAAGCCAAAGACACCAAAGAGUACAAGGGCUAAAGUUCAAAAGGCAUCUGUGGUAGUUAGCAAACCAUCGCCAGCUUUGAAACCACAACCAGUACUUAGUGAGCAAGAUACUACAAGGAGGUCGCGGAGAACUGGGACAGUCCAGCCUCCACUACAACCUCAUAAGAAAUCUCAAGCAUCUAGUAAAACGCGAGUUGAAACAACACCAAAUAAACCCACACGAAGAAAUACUACGAACAAAACAAAAGACAAGAAUGUGGUUGACAAACCUGAUGUUAAAACUAAGACCAGUGAACCAACGCCUCGGAAGACUAGGAAUAACAAACAAGAAAAGUCUAACGAACAACCUAAAACUGUGAGAGGUCGUGGCAAGAAAGUGUUAUCGCAAGAGAGUGAACAAUCUGAAACUAAGAGCCGAGGGCGACGGACCACUAAACCCGAGCCCGAGCCAGUCGUACAGGAAGUUAAAACUCGCAAACGAAAGACAACAGCACCAGACAACGACAUUCCGCCUAAAGUAAGGAAAUCUAAAGCAAGUGACAUCGACACUGGAAGGUCGCGGAAGAAGACCGCAACGUCUCCAGCAAGUACUGAGAAGGCGGCCGGCACUGCUCGGGGUAGGAAGACCGCAGCGCCACCCGCGGCGCCGGGGCUCAGCACGCGCCGCAGAAAGGCGAAUCAGGAGAACAUUCCAGAUAAUCAGAUAACUGGAAAACGUAAGAGACCGACAGCCGCGGAGUCUUUGCCUUCAGAAGGCAAACCUGCAGGCCGCAGCCGUCGGAGAUAGCGCGCGACGCGACGGGGCAGUCACUCAAGUACAAAUAGUUAACAUGGAAACGGUGCAUGGACGCACCAUACGAUAUAUUUUGUGAAGAUUUUUUAUGAAAAGUUUCGAAUGUAAAAAAUAUUUUUGUGACAAAUUAUUAUUGUGU